AUGGCAUCGCAAGACGAAGAUGUAUGGGAACUUUCAUCGGAGGGCUGCUAUGUUGCCCUAACAAGAGACCACCUCAAUGUCCAAACCAUAAUGGACCGCGUCCGCAGCCCAGCGGCCGGCGCCAUAGUCCUCUUCGCGGGUAUGCUCACUCAGCACCUUCACCACAAAAACUCACGGCCUGACCUUGAUUCAGGAACCACAAGAGACAGCUUUGCCGGCAAACCCGUCAAAGAACUCACAUAUACAGCGUAUAACAAACUCGCCCUAAGGACGAUGCUGGCUAUUACCAAGGACUUAAUAAACAAGCACGGCCUCAAGGGCAUAGCUAUGAUCCACCGUCUGGGCACCGUACCCAUCGGCGAAGAGAGCAUCUUGAUUGCGGUAUCGUCGCCGCAUAGACAAGCAGCGUGGCGGGCCGGGGAGGAAGCUUUGGAGGAGUGCAAGUCAAAGGUUGAGGUGUGGAAGAGGGAAGAGUUUGAUGGCGAGGAAGGUGUCUGGAGGGCGAACAGAGACGGAGCGAUCGGCGAGAAGGUGAAAUCAUGA